GCUUGUGCUGCUGUCGAUGCGCGCUUAACAACGUCUGUUCAAGCUCCUGUACCACCGUGUAGUCAGUAUCAAUUAUCAAGUCAUUCAGAAGUAUUAAUACAGUCAAAUAAUACGGGUAUUUUUCUCAUGUAUCUUUUCUAAUUAUUCGAUUAUUUCUUAAGGUUUUUAUUACCAAUAAUGAGUGUUUUUUUGUGCUAUCAUUCGUUCUUUAGAUCAAUAAUUGACACAAUGAAAUCCUAUGAACAUUCUUGUUUACAAUCAAAAAGAUUUUGGUGUAUUGAUUUUCGAAAACUUGUCACAAAGUUUAGUGUUUUCUUUUUUUCUUCAAAAAAAAUUCUUUUACAAAUAAGUUUUUUAUAAGUAUUGAGCGUAUCAACUGUACUGGUGCUUAACACAAAUUCCUAUAUUGGUUCUAUCUGUCCUAACAAAAAAAACCACAUCAAAAUUAUGUCAAGGAUUACAAACUUAUUUUCUGUUUGUUCCGUAUAUUGAAUGCAUAAGAUUGUCAAAUCUUGUAAUGUAACAUAGUGCAAAACAGUUAUAACCGUAAAGAAACAAUGUAGCUUUUUUCCUAUAGGGUAACACUCUCGAAUUGUUACGAAUAUAGAAUUGUCAAAUAGAAUUUAUGCAAAAACAAAUCAAUAUAGAUUAAAAUGAAUUUCUGUAACAUUAUUCAAUGUGAUAAACUGUGCUCAUGAACUUCCUGUCUACUUUAACUAGGAUUUCUAUUCAGUGACAAAUACUCAAUUCAUAAUUUCUAAUCAUUAUAACUAAUAUAUAAUAAUGAUAUAUAAUACACUGAUUAAAGUUAGACGUCAACGUCAUUGAAUGUUGACUCUGGUCUAGAGGUUAGGCUUUUCGCGAGCGAGACUGAAGGUCAUGGGUUCGAGCCCUACGUGCUGGACCGUGGAUACCCAUUGCUCAUAUACUAGGAAAAAACGACUGUUCAAUGCUUCUAGGUUUUUGAUGAUGAUCUAACUUGGGUCAACUUGUGAUUUCAUCUAUGAAAAUACUACAAUCUUCAUAAAUCUCUAUACUGAUAGAUUAUAAUCGAUUAACUUAAAUGCAUUUUCAAUUUAUAUACUUGGGUCAUCGCCAAGGGAUCGACUAAAAGUAGUUUUGUUCAUUGUAUUGAAGUUGACAGUUGUGAAAGUAUAUUAGUAUAGUGCGUGAACGUACUAUGAUUAUAUUUGAUAUUUAUUUGUUUUAUACAACAUUUUUAAAAUUGACCCUCAGUGUUUUUGACAUAUUGAUUACUUGUUUCUUAUCGGAUUGUUUCUUAACAAACGUCAGAAUAUAUAUCUUGUUCCAUCUUCUACUUUUAAAGAUUCUUUGUAGUGUAUUCAUUUGUGCGAAAUAAUCACUUUAUUCAGUCUUUUCGGAAAUAGACAUCGUCAAAAAUGCUUGACCCUAAGUUUUCUAAACAAUUAGUUAACUAACAUUUGGUAUAAUUGUUAUCAAACAACUUCCAUUUCUUUCAUAAUUGUCGUAUUCUUAGUUUAGAUAUAUUAUAACAGAAUUAACAGUAAAAAAUAACUUGAUAUUAUGUUUGAUUUUAGAUAAUCCUUUUGUCGUUAUAUCUAUUGAAUCUAUCAAUAGCUUUGUUAGUAGUAAUUUUAAGCGAUGGUCAAAAUCACAUCGUGAUAUUUUCUUUGGAUUUAGGUUACUACUGAAUUGUAAAGAUAGGUUUCUUCAAUUGUUACAUAAUAAGUGAGAUUAAAAGUUUAAAACAACACGAACCUAAAAUUUCAUGGGCGAUUUGCCCAUUGACUAGUUUGUGAGUAGUUAUUCACACUUCCGUUGUCAGUGCUAUGCUGAUGUUUAAAGCCCCCAGGAGCUGAAAAGAGAUUGUUCAAUCAGCAACGCUCAGUGAAAAAGUUUCUAGAAAAACUAAAGAUUGUGUAUCACAUUCUGAUCGGAUCAUUUCCUAUUUGGUCACUAAAUUAGGCGUUUUCUCAGACUUCAAGAAUGUCAAGAUCACUUCACAAACCUAAAAACACAGAAAUCAACUCCGAAAGUAAAGCUUCUGCUCAUAAUCCUUGCCUUUUGUUGAAUGUUCGGAGUUCAAGUGUACAAAAAUUGUGAGGGAUUAAGAAACGGUCAAAAAGCCAUUAUGAAGCUUUUGAGUACCGGAUAUAUCAGUUCAUAAUUAGGCACUACAUAUUUUCAACUAGUACAUGUUUACUUCAUACAAUUUCACAUUUUUUAAAAGCCAAAUCUGUCCAAGAAAAACCAAAGCUCAGUACUGUUAUUUCGUCACCCAAAUCAAAAGAUAAAGAUUUCGAACAAUCUCCUGAGGCUUAUGAACCAGAUGUACAUUUUACACCCGUCAUAGAAACACUUCCAGAUCUUGUUGAAUUGAAAAACGAAGAGGAAGAUGAACAACGUCUAUUUUGUGAACGUGCUCGUCUAUUCCAUUGGGAUAAGUCAAGUGGGAGUUGGAAAACUCGUGGACUUGGUGAUGCUAAAAUUUUAAAGAAUCCAAAAACUGGUAAAUGUCGCUUAGUUAUGAGACGUGAUCAGGUGAAAAAAUUAUGCGCAAAUCAUUUUAUUACUCCUUCAAUUAAACUAACUCUUUCAACGAAAGAUCAAAAAAUGGCUAUGUGGACAGUUAAAGAUUAUUCAGAAUCUAUGGAGGGUAUCGAUGAAUUGUUUAUGAUUCAAUUUAAAUCACCCGAAAUACUUAAUGAUUUUAGUAGAAUCUUCUCUGAAUGCACAAAAGAAACCAGUAUUGUAAAUACAUCCGUAAAGUUAAUAUCUGAUACUGUUAAUAAAUCACCAUUCAAAAAUGAUACUACUGUUGGUGUAAAAUCAUCAGGACCUGUGACAGAAAGUGUUCAAUCAACUUUGAAUGUUAAUUCUAAGCCAUUAAAAGUAGACAAAUCGAAAAACACUGUUCAAUCGACCAAACCGUCAUCGAACAUAGACCUGUCAAAGUUUGCUCCUAAAUUAGAUUCAUGGGAAUGUCCAACUUGUUUACUGUAUCAUGACUCGUCUAUUACUGUGUGUUCAGCAUGUCAAACUGCUAAACCGGGCUCUUCAGGAGAACAUUCAACUGUUACUUCUAAAUCUACUCUUUCAACAUCUUUAUUUGGUGGCAUUUUACAAAAUACUGGUGGUUUUGUAUUUGGAAAUCCAAAAGGUUCAGAGUUCAUGACUACUACCACUAAUACUACUUCUACUACUACUACUAAUGCUAAUAUUACUGAUUCUGUUGCAAUAGUCACAGCAACAGUUACAACGUCAACAACACAUAAACCUAUAUUCAGUUUUGUUGCCACCUCUCCUAAGCAACUUACAAAUGUAUUUCCUUCUAUAUCAUCAUCUCAGACACCAGUAACAAAGUCGUUCCUUUUUACUUCUCCAUUCACUACGAACUCUUCUACAUGCGCACCAUCGAUCCCUACGUUUUCUACUCCUUUAACAUCCAGUGCGUCAGCUGACGAGAAGAAGACAGUUGCACCCAGUUCAGGAUUCACUUUUUCUUUUGGUAACGCAUUAUCUAAACUGAAUGAAACGAAUAAGCCAUCGACAGUUAAUUUUUCAACUCCUACUCUUAAUAGUAGUCAUCAUAACGACGAUAAUGAUGACGAUAAAGUCGAACUUCUAGAUGAUUCGAAGUUGACAUUUAAACCUGUGCUUGAAGUUAUGCCACAAAAGAUUGAAGUUGUAACCGGAGAAGAAAAUGAUGACGUUAUAUUUUGUCGUCGCGCCAAACUUUAUCGUUGGGAUAAUAACACCUGGCAUGAACGUGGAGUUGGUGACUUAAAAUUACUUCGUUCUACGAUAACUGGUGUAAUACGUUGUUUGAUGCGUCGUGAUCAUGUUUUGAAAGUAUGUUGUAAUCAUGUGAUCGGAGCUGGUAUGCAUUUAAAACCCAUGAACACUGGAGGUGGUCGUGCUUGGAGUUGGUGGGCUAUCGAUUAUUCUGAGCAGUCUGAUGAAGCUAACAAAACUACCGAAACUGACUCGUCUGAUUUGGUUGGUGGGGGUAAACGUGAGACAUUUGCAGCUCGUUUUAAGCUUACUGAGGAUAGUGAUGAAUUUCGAUCACUUUUCGAGGAAGCUGUUCAAACGGCUGAGAACCGUGCCAAAACAUCUCAGUCAAGCGAAAUAAAACUGUCGAAUAAACAAACAGUGGAUCUAGAUCAAAAUGGUGAUGAUACGGACUCUGACGUAGUUGUCGUUGAACUUCCUUUAAAGGUCUCAGAUGAUCAAUUAUCUAGGGCUCGUAAACUUAAAUUACCUGAUGAAUUUUACAGUUUUGAAAAUGGUCACAUAACUGGUGAAUCAGAGCAUCUUACAGCACGAGAAGAAGCCGAAGAAGAUGCACUAUUAGAAGCUGCUGUAAAAAGUAACAGAGACAGUGGUACUACUACUACUACUACUACUACAGAACAUUCAGAUAGUGAUUCUACUGUUAAACUCACACCGACUUCUAAACAGCAAAACGUAACUACCGAGGUUCAGUGUACAAAAGCAGUUACAGCUUCUUCAUCGUCUUCCAUGUACAUCCCACAAGCCAAGGGUUUAAUUAGUUUUUCAACGUUGAGUAGUGCUGCCUCUAAAGACAGUCAACCAACAUGGGGUUCACCGAAUAAUGCUCCAACAUGGAGUAAUGUAGGUGCACAACUAUUUACUAAACCUGUCAAGGCAGCAACUGAACAAGAUGACGAAGACACAUCUGACACAGAAAAUGAUCCUCAUUAUGAACCGAUUGUUCCAUUGCCAAAACUUGUUGAGGUCAAGACUGGAGAAGAAGAGGAGCUUUGUAUUUUCCUUCGACGUUGCCGUGCCUAUCGUUAUGUUGAUAAAGUCUGGAAAGAACGUGGCGUCGGUGAAAUCAAAGUUCUUGUACAACCUCGUACUAUGCCUACAGAUGCUAAACACUUUGGACCACGUGAUGUAGUCCCUCUAGAAUAUAAAUUAACUGACAUUGGACGUGCACGUAUUUUAAUGCGUCGUGAUCAAGUUUUAAAAUUAUGCUUAAAUCAUCCUAUUAGUCAUGAAAUACCAGUGUUAAAACCAAUGGGUAAUAUGUCUGGUGGUAAUAGUCUAUGUUGGGUUGGUGAAGACUACAGUGAAGGUUCAGCUAGCCUGGAAACAUUAGCUGUUCGAUUUAAGCUUGAUACAGAUGCUGAGGAAUUUAAAGCUGCAAUCUCACGAGCACAAGCAGCGCUAAGUGAUUCAUAAUUUCAGCGAGGUAAUAAAGUAGUAUGUAUGUUGUGUAAUAUACUUCGAAAUAUAUCUUGUCUGUUCAAAAUCGAUUAACUAUGAUACUUUUUAAUGAUUUGCUUACCAAUUGAGUAAUAGCUAUUUUAAUUUGCGUGAUUAGCAUACAAAUUGGUCUCUACUUUUUUGGUAGCUAACUUAUUUGCGAAGUACAACUCGAUCACAUUUGUCUUUGCAAAUUGCACAGAUUUGUGAUAAACAUAUUUUUGACAAAAAAGCAACAUAUAUGUAUUGGUUAAUAGAGUACACAUCAUAUUCCAAGGCAUAUCGUCCAGGUGAUAACUGCUCACGAAAUUGAAUUAUUAACAUAAGCUCUUGUAAAUGAUAGUGUAAUCAAACAACGCAAUAGGUCAUUUUACUUACGCCUGUUGCCCUUCGUCGAGGAGCAUAGGCCGCUCACCAACAUUCUCCAUCCAACUCUGUCCUGGGCAAUCUUUUUCAGUUGCUAUUUAUCCUUUUGAUAUCCGCUUCCAUGACCAAGCUUUGCAGAUUGCUCAUAUGGCGGUUAGAUUUUGACUACGAGGUUAAAUUUUCACUCGUUAUAUUAACUCUAGUGAUAAUAAUUAGUCAGUGAUUCAAUGCUUGAAACAUUUGACUAUCCCAAUUACUACUGAAUUGCAUAUUCAGACAACCACUUCACACCAAUUUCAAUGUAGAUAGUCAUGCAGUAAAUGUCAUUAGCCAGCCUUAUAGACAAAGUUAACUCUAAUCCACACUUACAUAUAUUGUGUAAAAUGUUAAUAGUAUUAUUGUCAUACUAUCAUCCAUAUUUGUUUGAGUAAAAUGAUAAAGAAAUUCAAAUUUACAGGUCAUUAAGUAAUCCUCAUGCAUUACACUCAUAUGGCCACGCGUAUGUAGCCUCUGCCAGGGAAGUCCUACUCACUGCCUUCUCGUGGCGGGGGUGUUGUUUACGAAAAUGAGAGGACGAAAAGCGAAUGUCCGGCGCUUUAACCGGACUCCAAACCAAUGGUGCACAUGGGCUCCAGUAUCCUGCGGGGACAAACGGCGUAUGAACCAAUCGUUGGUCACCGGCUUCCAUGGGACUGCAUCUCCUUACGAUGCUCCAUUGCCUUGUGGAUCAGACCUUCAGUUCGAAGGCUCCGGGUGUGGCCCCCUAAGAAAACCACCUGCUUCGGUUUGGACACCCGGGCAGUAUCACAGCCCUCACACAUAUCAAAUGAGAUCUGUGUAGUGCAUAUGUAUUUGGUGUCUCCUUGUACCAAUAUCUAUGUGUUAAAAUAAUAAACGCUCGUAUUUACUUUUAAACUUUUUAAUCCAAUCAUACAUUUUGUUUCUUUUCCAUUUCAGUAUUAUCUUCUCCUUGGAUAAAUUUCUUUCGUGAAUGUUUUCAUGACUGUUCAAUUAUAAGAAUGUCUUAAUCUUAUUCAUUUACCAUCUCUUAUAUAUGUUAUUGUAUUCUCGACUCUCUCGAUCAAUGUAUAUCAUUAAAUACUACUUACAAUAUAAAACUGGUCAUAUAUACCUAUGUUUUGUAAUAAAGAAAAUAUAACAUAGAUUUAUCAUUUGUCUUCCCUCUUUUUUGUUGUUGGUUCUAUAUCCCCAUUUCAAAUCCAACCGAUAAGUAAAUUACUAAUAUACAAUUAGAUUUUAUUUCAAAGGAAUAAUAAAACUGAGUAGGUUACAAAUGUUAUUUAAUAAUAGUUCGAUCAAUUGUUUGUUCAUGAAGUUGUAUCAAUCGAGGAAUUAGAAUAGAUUCAAUUUCUUGUGAUAUGAUUUGCCGUUUAUUAAUUUCAUCAAUAUUAUUCUCCAUAUUUAUAUGUUCAACAAUUAUGUCCUGUGUAUUGUUCUGUUUAAAUACUAACCAUACUUCUUUUGAUCUAGUUUGUAAAAGAUUAGCAACUAUCACAUUGGGAUUGUACAUUUCAAGGGAUUGUUUUGCUUUAACUAAUAACAGUCGAUGAUCUGUUUCAAGCUCAAAAUAAAUAAAUACAUUUAUCUCAACAUUUUAUAAGGAUUAUAAACAAUAUUUUCACAAUAAACCAGUUCAAUGCUA